ACGGGUAGUGCACCAGAAGAACAACAACAACUGCAACAUAACACUGCACAAUAGAUGAUUCUUCUUCCUCUUCGACAAUGGCAACUUCGUUAUUCCGCACCAUAAGGAGAGCAUCCUCUGCUCUCAAAUUCUCGUACGCCGCCUCGUUUUCGGUCUCUCCCAGGUCAGUUGGGAGGAGCAAGAUGUGUGUAUGUUCUCCUUUGUGGCAUCGUGUAUCGCUAGGAGAGCAAGGUUAUUGGUGGGGUUUAAGAAAUUUGAGCCAUGGCAGGGUGAACCUUGUGAUAACAGGAGGGAAGACCAAGUUUGAGACUCAUGAGGUUGAGCCUCCUAAGAAAGACAAGUGGAAGACCAAGAAGAGAUUGAAGAUGCAGAGGAAGAGAGAGAAGGAGAAGAGGAAAGCGGCUAACAGGAAAGACCCUCGUCGACUUGGUGUCAAAGGGAAGAAGAAAAAGCAGAGAUUUGCCAGUGCAGAUGAGAGAAUUAAGUACAAGAUUGAGAAUGCCAGAAUUAAGGAAGCAUUGCUCAUUGAAAGGCUGAAAAGAUAUGAAGUUCCUAAACUUCAGGGUCCUGUUGUGAAGCCUGAUAGCUUGACGGGGGAAGAAAGGUUUUAUUUGAAGAAAAUGGCUCAGAAGAGAUCUAAUUAUCUACAAAUUGGCAGAAGAGGAUUAUUUGGAGGGGUUGUUCUCAAUAUGCAUAUGCAUUGGAAGAAACAUGAGACUGUUAAGGUCCUAUGCAAGCCUUGUAAGCCGGGUCAGGUACACGAGUAUGCACAAGAACUUGCCAGAUUGAGCGGGGGUAUUCCACUUCAAAUAAUUGGAGAUGACACUAUAAUAUUUUAUCGUGGAAAAAACUAUGAACAGCCUGAUAUUAUGUCACCAAUUGAUACACUGUCCAAGAAAAAGGCUCUUGAAAAAUCCAAGUAUGAGCAAUCACUUGAGUCAGUGCGGCGCUUCAUUGCUAUUGCUGAGAAAGAACUAGAGCUAUAUUACAGACACGUUGCACUUUAUGGUGAUCCAAACAACCGAAAUCCCUUAUCAGUUCUGGACAGUCCAAGUGAAAACUCAAAGGAAAAAGGGAAUCAUGGAAUUCAAGAUAAAAAAAUCCCUGACUUGAAUAAUGACUAUUUUUCAGCCAGUCUUUCUGAGACUGAAGCUGAUUCCACGGAAAUGGAGCUGUCAGAAACAGAAGAUAGUUUUGAAGAUGAAAGCUUGUCAAUGAAUGAAUCAGAUUCUGAAGAGGACAGCAUGUCGGAUUCCAAUGGUAAUCAAGAAAAGAAGGGAAAACAUUUUUUUGUGGACACAGGCCACACAGUACUUCAAAGUGGACAAUCAAAAACUAAUCUUUAUGAUUGCAUAAUGCAGUUUCCACUUACCAAGAGGGUAAAACAUUUGAACAUUGUGAAAUCCAUAAGUUUCAAAUCAAGAACUAAUCUUAAUAGUACAGCUAUAGGAACUUGAAAGUAGCACCUCUGGUUCCAAUUUCAAGUGCUGCAUCAUAUUAAAGGCCAUUUAUGGAUGCUGAGGCUACUGCUAAUGUUUUUUUGACACAUUGAUUCAAAAUUGCAAUAGCAUCCCUGAUUUAUUUUGCUAUUGAAUGCUAAUUAUAUUCAGCAAAAAUAUUUGUCCAUUUAAUGAUUGAUUA